CUUUACAAACAGAAAUUAAAGAAAAAAAUAAACAAAUUUAUAAAUUAGCUUGUAACGUUGAACUUGCAAGUGAUAAAUCUAAGAAGCAUAUUGAUGAAUUAAGAAAAGAAAUCGAUUUUUUAGCUCACAAACACGAACAAAGAAGCGAUAUUGUUUUAACAUUAUGGACCAGUUACUUAGAAAUGAAAGAAGCAUAUGAUGAGAUAAAAAAAAGAUUUUUAGAAUAUUCUAAAAAAGAUGACGAUGAUGCGCUCAAAAUACUUUUGGAACAAUUAAACUAUUACAAAUUAAAGUUUGAGAAUUUUAUAAAUAAUAAAUUAAAUUGUGUAAACGAUAAAGAAUUAUUUAAGAAAUUGGUAGAAAUUCUGAAACAGAAAAUCAAAGUUGAAAGUCAUUUAUACAAUUUAAUGGAAGACAGAAAUAGAAUUAUUUCCAAAAAUCAAGUUCUAAAAAAUCUUGACUUUUGGGUGUGUGACCAAAUUGGACUGAAAAAUUGUCGAUUAGACAAUUUUUCAGUCCAAUUUACUUCUGCAUUCUACAAACAGGCUUUAGAAAGAGCAAAAGCAUUCUUCACGCUAUAA